AGGAGGCGCUGUGGGCCGGCGGUGCCGGGGCGCUCCGCGGCGGAGCCCCGCGCCCCUUUCCGUCCGACCUGCGCGGGACCCGCGGGCGAUGUAGGGGACAUGCCCUGACGGGACGACGAGCGGUCGGGGUGCCGCCUGCGAGGGCACAGCUGCGCCAGCGGAGCCGCCCGCGGCGGGUCGGCCGCGCCCGGCGAGGGCCCCGAGCGCCGCUGCUAUGGCUGGGGCCGGGCUCUGGACCAGCAUCAAGUCCCUGCUAGGGAGGAGCGAGGACCCUCUGCUCCUGAACGACUCCAGUGCCUUUGACUUCUCGGACGAGGUGGGGGAUGAGGACUUCCCCAGGUUUAACAAGCUGCGCGUGGUGGUGGCGGACGACGGCUCGGAGGCGGCCCCGGAGACGCCGGUGAACGGGGCGUCCCCGGGGCUGCCGUCCGACGACGAGUCCCUGCUGGACCGGGACAUCGCCCUGCGCAGCGCCCGGGCCGGCCGGCCGGACCCCUGCAGCGGCUGCAGCAGCCGGCGGGAGCGCUCCAAGCAGAGGAAGGUGAAGAAGCGGCUGACGCUCGCUGCCCUCCUCUACCUCCUCUUCAUGACGGGGGAGCUCAUAGGUGGCUAUGUUGCUAACAGUCUAGCAAUUAUGACAGAUGCACUUCACAUGCUAAUUGACCUUAGUGGUAUUAUUUUGACUCUGCUCGCUCUCUGGCUAUCUGCAAAAUCUCCAACAAAGAGGUUCACUUUUGGAUUUCAUCGCUUAGAAGUACUAUCAGCCAUCAUUAGUGUACUGCUGGUCUAUAUCCUUAUGGCAUUCCUCCUGUAUGAAGCUGUUCAGAGAACUAUCCAUAUGGACUACGAAAUAAAUGGUGAUAUCAUGCUCAUCACAGCAGCUGUUGGUGUUGCAGUUAACUUAAUAAUGGGGUUUUUGCUGAAUCAAUCUGGCCACCUUCACUCCCACUCCCAUGCCCACCCUCAGUCUCACGUACCUCAGCCGAGCUCUCCAAAUGCAGCCCAGGGCAGCAGCCACGGGCACAGCAGCCACGGGCACAGCAGCCACGGGCACAGCAGCCACGGGCACAGCAGCCACGGGCACAGCAGCCUGGCUGUGAGAGCAGCGUUUGUCCACGCCCUGGGGGACCUGGUACAGAGCAUCGGGGUGCUCGUAGCUGCCUACAUCAUCCGCUUCAAGCCAGAAUACAAGAUUGCUGAUCCUAUAUGUACAUAUGUAUUUUCCAUACUGGUGGUUUUUACAACAGUUCGAAUUCUGUGUGACACGGGAGUUAUUAUUCUGGAAGGAGUUCCGAGGCACUUAAAUGUGGAUCGCAUCAAGGAAGACUUGAUGAAAAUUGAGGAUGUUUAUUGUAUAGAAGAUUUAAAUAUUUGGUCUCUCACUGCAGGAAAAACAAUUGCCAUUGUCCACUUGCAACUAGUUCCUGGUAGUUCAUCUAAAUGGGAGGAUGUUCAGUCCAAGGCCCGGCAACUGCUGCUGAACACGUUUGGAAUGUACAAGUGCUCUGUCCAGCUUCAGAGUUACAAACAGGAAAUGAGCAAAACCUGUGCGAGUUGUCAGAGCUCCAGUGCCUAAUUUCAUAUGUUUUGGGAACUACUGCCUUAUUCUUUACCUUGUGGAGUCAAAGACUGAGAGCAAUAAAUGCAAAACGAAAAUUAUCCAAUAGUAACCAUUAAUAUGUGGAUUUGUACCAUGGAACAUGCAGCAGGGAGAAGUGGUGCUGCAAAAAGUGCAGUGGUUGCCCUAGAGAACAUGUAUUUCUCUCUCUCCGUUGUACUGGUUUAUUCAAUUUAUUAUGAUUUUGAGACAAAGCUGGUUUUGGAUUAUUGUUUACAAACUGGAAUGUGGCUCUGCAGAUACCUCACAAAUUACAGUCCAAUAUUGUCCUUUAAACAUUACGUACCACAAAGUACCUGCACUUCAAACAGAGCAUCAGGUAUUCAGUAUUUCAGUCAAAAGUCAAAGCUCAUCAUACCAGGGUUGCACAAUAUAUCAUGAUCCCCAAAUUCAUUAUUCAGUAUUUUUUAAAUAGUAAUUUUCAGACAGUAUCUCAAACUAUUAACACAUAUAUUAAGUUGGAUUCUUGUGGAAACUCUUUGGAAACACUGCAAAAUACAGAAUUUACUGUACCCAGACAAGAAAGUUAGCUUUAAUCUGGGCAUUCAGAGAUCAUCCAGACAGGAAGAUCCUUGCCCAGACUUCUGGUAUUUACCUAGAGACCCAACACUGGACCCAAAGUGUUUUAAGUGAUCAGUUAUCUUUAAUGUGUUUUAGAAUAGGAUUUAUGCAUUAGAAACAGGUUAUUUAUUUUACAAAGUUUUGACUUGUAAGAUGAAUUUAUUAUUAAUAAUCUUGAAUGUCUAAACCAUAAUUUGAUUCACAUUAAAAGGCCAGUUGAUUAGCAUGCAUUUUAAUAGUAAUUAAUAAAUGUCCUAUAAUUGAUAAUUUUUUCAAUGAUUGUUUUGUUUUAAAAGAAGAGUAAAAUGAUAGAAGUGAUAUUUGACUUGGGAAUAUCCUCAAACGCAAUCUACAGAUAUGUGCAUCUAACAGGAAAGUGGGGAGCAGAAGUUUUAGACAUGCACAAUUCCAUCCAUCACAAUCUCUGACCUUUUCAUCUUUGCUUUAAGCAAGCAUGGCAGCGUCCUGACAGGAAUGCCACUGUGACAGCAGUUCCCACUGCUUAACUGAUGGAUAAAGCAAAAGCCAAGCAAGCUCCAUAACCUAAAGGUGUUGGACAACAACAUCAUAACAACCUACAGUGGCAGAAAGGCCCUUUUGUAUUUACAGAGAGGAGGCAACCUGAAAACACUGUGUAUUCAUCUGGACAGCUCAGAGUCCACAAAGUGGAAUUGUUUGGCCUCAUUGUGGAACCCUGUAUUUUGAACGUACACAAGAUAAUAAAUCUUCACCCUCAGCUAUCAUACACCUACAAGCCCAGAUUUAACCUGCUUCUGACGUCACUGGCAUUCAAGAAGCUAAGGGCAGCAAGAACAUGACCUACAAAGUUCAGAAGAUGGCAAGAACUUGGCUUCAAAUAUUUUUUGUUUAUUCUGUACUUUCACCUUAUGCAGAACUUUCACUGACAUGAAAAGUAGUUCUCUGUGAGGAUCAGAAAGGAAAACUUUAGCCCAGUUACAGUUAUUGUGAUAUUCAGCUGUGAAUACUUCAGCAAUUUUCUGUUUUGAAACUCGCUAGGGUUUCACGUUUUCAUACGGCUGAUUUGUAUUUGCAUUUGGUGGUAACAAUUUUGGCUUCUUUUCUUCCCUUUUUGGAGGUAGGGAUCACAUGAUGAAUUUUUAUUGAUGAAAGCUGACAGCACAUUGUGAACCUGGACAAAGUGGAUUGUGGUUGUGUCUGUUUGGGCAAGAAGUGAGAACACUGGUGUGCAGCUCAAAUGCAGCACUGUGCUUGGGAAGGUAAUGCUGCAAUACAAACACUAUCAUUAAUUAAGCCAUAUCACAGUUCAUGAAAAAUGUGCAUCCCAUCCUUACUUACUGGCAAAAACCACAAACAACAGGUAUUUUGCACAUACUAAUGCUCAAAUGGGUUUUAAUUAAAUUGGGGUUUACAGUUGAUGUAAUUAGAUGUUGAAGUACAGUAGACGUGUUGUAUUUGCAGUUUUUUAAUAAUUUACUACAUUUGUUUAAUUGAAGAAAAAAGGUGUGUUGUUUUAUUGUGGGUUUUAUUAAAUUGAUUAUUAAAGUUCACGUUGUCUUAUAAAA